AGGUUCCAUGUGACCACCAGAUGGCAUCAGGAUGCUAUCGUCAGCGCCGGGUCCACAGUGUCAGCCAGAUAGAAUGCACCCAAAACACCAGCUCUCCACAUUUUUCGAGGGCUCUGUCCUGUUCACCUACUUGCACAUCCCACUGCAGGCCUCACCAUUUGCAGCAGCCAACUAUCAAUUUCAGAUUCCACCCUCAGCACCAUCUCGGGACCAACCCCAUAAGAUGACCACCUUUGGACACGUGGAAACUCUUAAGGAGAGACUGACUGGGAAGUCUUCCUCCUCACACCAACCCAAGACAUCAUCACAGACAUCGCUGCUGUCCUCCAGUUCUGAGCAGUCAAUGGACUGCAAUCUGCAGCUCCUGCCCAUAAAGUCUGAUGUCUUGACAACUAUAAAUCAAGAUGGCAGUGGUGAUGGAGCUGGAAGCAGUUCCAAUAUGUCUCUUGGCUCAGAUUAUUCAGCGACACCAGGUUCCAAGACUGAAGAAAAACCUGGGAAGACAGGCAAGUCUGAGUUCCGAACGGGAGCACCAAGACCUCCACUGCUGCGCCAAACAUCUGCUAGUGCUGUUACUUCAGCUUUGUAUAACUCAGCAGCACAUGCUGGAGCCUUCAUUGGGCUUGCUCGUGCUAAAAUAGAUUUCACACCACCAGAGGGCGACACAGACUCUCUAGUAUACAAGAAAGGGGACAUAAUCCACAUAAUGGCAACGACACCAGGAGGUCAUGGCCGAGGAGCAAUGCGAGGCAAUGUUGGAGGAUUUCUGCUGACCAAUGUAGAACUGCUGGGCAUGCCGCAGUAUAAGCCUCACCUGGGACGCAGAAAAAAUACCUGUAAACCAAAACCUCGCUCAGUGGAAGAAUUAAUGACGCGCAUUGGACUAGAGCACCUGGCCAAGGUGUUCAUUGACAAUGGGUUUGACACUCUUGAGAUCUUCUCAGAAAUAGACGAAGGAGAUUUAACGACCUUAGGUGUUACACAGCCAGAACAACGAGCCAAGCUUCUGACAGCUGCAGAACUUUUGCUGGACUCUGAUUCUGCAGACACAUCUGAUGGUCAAGGACAGAGUGGUGAGCGAUCUGGCUCAAGGAAUGCUAACUCGGACUCACCUUCAAGUCUUUCUCCAACUGCUGGUCCCCCUGGAGAGAGCCCUUCUGCAAAGACAGUCAGUGCAAGUCGGGAUUCAGGUUGCUAUGCUAGCAGUGAGCAGCUCAAAAAAAUGCCUGCGGGCCAUCAUGGGGGAGUGUCUCCUGGCACCUCAGCAGUAGUGGGACCUACCAGAUUAAACUCCAGGGGUGCUAAUGGAGAAACAAAGUGUUUGUGUGUACAUUGUGGAAAGCCCAAGCUGCAAGGUCAGGUCAGUGCUACUGGAAGGGGGGUUGUUUCAGGUGGGGAUGGAGAGAAGAGUGACAGGGAACUGAGCGCAGAAGACCAGGAGGUGUUUUCAAUCACGGCUGGGUCACAGCCACAGGCACUGCAGUUCCCGUGACUUUGUCCAUGGCCCAGAGUGGUGUUGGGAGUGGCUGCAAUGUAUGCACCCAGUCACAGCUGCAUUCUCACUCACGGUGCGAGAGCAAGUCGUCCAAGCAGUCCCUGAGCUCAGCAUGCACCCAGCUGACAUCUUUGAGUCCCGAGGAGGAAGUAGGGCUUUAUGACAGCCGGCAUGAUCACUCUCUGGUUGGUGAAGGUGGCCACUGGAGUUCUGGCUGUGUUCAAUGUGUCCAGGAAGCAGCCCUUCUGACAUCGCAGAUGGCAGGUAUGGAGUCAUCAGGCAGAAUUUCUCAGCAACGAGGGCUUUAUGGACAAGGUUACCGCUCACAUUUACACUACGGUGCCUAUGACAGCUACACUCAUCAACACUUGUACCCUGAAGGGCAGGUGGCUUAUCUUGGCUCAGGUGGGGUGACAGGAGUGGGAGCUCGUAGUGGACAGAGGACACCCAGCUCAAUGCACUACACCACCCCUGUUACACAUUACAACACCUCCACCAUGCCUUAUAGCUCCGCCUCACACUACGGUUCAUCGGCCUCAGAUUACGGUGCUUCAGCCGCCCACUAUGGAGGUCAGAGACCUCCUUAUCCCUCUCACAGUCACCACUAUGGCGUGCACCCACAUGGAUCUCCCUACAGCUCGCAGGGCACACAGUUCCACCCUUCACAAUACUAUGGUUCGCAUUCUGCAGCGUAUGGUUCACAGGGACAGUAUUCCCCUUCCCAGGCUUUGCUAUAUGGUUCAUCAGUGAGCCACCCGGGAGCCCAAAGGCACCAUUCUCCACUCACUCUUUCCUUGUCAGCCUCCUCUGCCAGUCUUCAGUUGGGCUGAAGCUGAACCGAUCUGUGUCACAUGAAGGAACCAGCUCUUACCCAGCAUGUGCCAACCCCAGAGGCCCGGAUUAUGCUGCAGGAAGCUCACAAAAGCCACCUUCUCGCAGUCCGACUCGCUCCCUUAUUCCUCUUGUCACAACCAAGCUUGGGGCAGAAGGCAUUAUUCUUACUGAUGAACCUUACUCCACACCUAGUGGAGAGUGUGGGAUCCCUCCGCUGCUGGUGCAGCGUUAUGCAGAAGAGCUACGGUUAGAUGUCCUGAGUGUGGCUCUUGUCUUGGAGCAAGUCCGCACUUUGCAGCUUCAUGCCCUUCAGCGACCAUCUAUUCCUAAUGAGCGACUAGCAGAGUCUUGCAGUCAAGCUUGCAACCUUCAGAUCUCCUCUUUGGCAGAGUUUUUUAUUUCCAUUGGCCUGCCAAUGUACAUCCCCCGAGUUCUGGCUGGAGGAAUCAGCACUAUACAGCUGUUGCUAACAACAUCGGAAGCAGACAUUCCUCGGCUGACUGGUGCAGAUUCCUACCAUGUGAAACGCAUCAGUCAUGCCAUCCAGUGGGUGAGGAUCAAGCUGAGCUCCCCAACACGAAGUGUCACAGCCCCUUCAAGCACAACAAGUGCUAGCAGUGCUGCUGUUGUUUCUUCAGGCACUCCAGCCAAACAGAGCAGUGCAACAGUGAAAGACAAAGUGUGAAAGAAGAAAACAGUUCUUGCUGACACGGAGCAAGCCCAUUUUAAGGAAUUAAGAGCUGAUUCAGGAAUCUGGGCUGUGACAAGAGUGGUUUACAUGUACUUGUGCACCCUAGUCAAAUCAAACUGAGAGCAAUCUAACCAAGUUUCAAAAGGAACUCCUAGUCAUUAUGAUUGAGUCAUUAGAGAUGGAGCUGGAAUGUAUUAUUUUCUUUGUUAACUUUUUAUGUGGCUAUUAAACCAUAUUUUAAAAAAAAUAAUGUGUUGAGGAUGUUUAAGAAAUUUUGUUGUUGAUACAUCUGUAGUGACAGAAAGGUUUUUUUUUUAUUUUUUGUGAGUACAUUUUGUAGAAAAUUGUACUGCUUGACAAAAAUUGUAUGGAACUUUUCACAGCAGGGGCAAAAGUACCUUUAUGAGGACUUCAUGGAAAAGUGCACUGUUAUGCUGCUUGUUUGAUAUAAGUUCCUUGCAUGGCUUAAGGAAGUGUGUUUACAAAUUUGUUAGCAAUUACCAGAUUAACUGACAAGAAAAACUUCCAGAAUUUGUGAACUGCUGAUCAAAACAUGCUGGUCUUUGACAGAGGGCAAACGUUUUGUUGGGUGUUACAUUGUCGGAAUGCAUCAUCUCGGGGACAAUCAGAUUUGCAUGUGGGAGGUCUGAGUCUUGAUGAUGGAUGUUUUGAUAUUAUUCAAGUCUCCAUGGACUGCUAUUUAGAGCAAAUACUUUUACUUGGACAGGUUAUUUUGGUUUUUUAAAACCUUUUAACUAAGCCACCUAUUUGAAUGAACAGAAAGAUAUUUGGGAUGAGGGAACUCUGGUAUUGGUGUGGAAGUUUAGUAAAAUAAAAUAAGAACUUCUAAUCAGGAACUUCUGGCCUGAUACAAGCCACAUGGUAGGCUUAGGGCAAUUUUUGUUAACAGAUGUGAAUUAAUUUGUACAGCCGGUGGCUUAUAGCAUAUUUGGAGGAAUGCUUAUAUGAAGGAUCCAAAGCAGUUGGAGAAGUUAUAUUUUCCUUGGGGUGGCUGGCCACCUGUUUAAUAAACAAGUAAUCAUGCCUGCUGUGAUUUUAUCAAUCAGACAUAGGAAGAAACAAUAGCGUUUUGCAUUAAUCAAAUAUCUUCUGCUUCCUGUUUGUUGGCAUCUGAUGUCUGCCAUCUUAAGAGUUUGGUCUAGGUUUUGGGGGUGAGGGGAUUCAUGCUGCUUCUUGUUUAGAAGGCUUGUGAAUUAUCAUCUGAUGGUAAGAAAUGGUUUCAUUGUCAUCAUAUUUGGCAAAUCAUUGCAGUUUACAAUGCAUCUGUGCUAAAUGAUAUUAAAGAAGAUCAGUCCAACACAGUACUUUUAUGAAGUAAAUCUGUCAUAUUUGUGCUUGUGAAAGCUUAAACCACAGUCUUUCUACAUCGUUUCAAUUAUCUGCAUUUUGUUAAACAUCAUCAACGCUUUCAAAGAAAGACUUGCCAAUAUCAGCUUCUGUCUUAGUGGUUGUCUUAGUCCGUCUUUGAGUGCUAAGCCCCAACAGUGCCCUGAAGGAUUUUCAAAGCUCAUUGUAUUUCGUUUUGAACACUUGCAUACCACAUUUUACAUUCCAUUCUAUCCUGGUAUGUCACAUUCAUCUUGCUUCAUCUACCUCCUGCUCCACAACAUUCAAUCUUUUAUCUCAGAGGACUGUAUGGACUGAGUAAUACUAUACAUGGCACGUCAAGUGUGGAGAGUAAAAUCUGUGUAGAUGAGGUGUUUGAAACAUUUGCAUGAAAACCUAUUAUAAUCUGCCAUCUUAGUGUGUUUAGUUGAUGUUCUUUUCAUCCUCUACCCAACUGAAUUUUGGACAGUAUUGUAUCUGGAUUUUUCUAGUGUAUAGCAGUUUGAUGUUUUCUUAAAAUAGCACGACACUGAUUUGACUUUUUUUGUAAGCUGCUUAUUCUGUUGCACCAAAUUCAGCAUAAUUACUGACAUUACACCUUAAACGGUAUAUGCCCAUAAGUUUGCAUGUGAUAACAUCCCCGACCUCAACUCACCCACUCAUACCACACAUUUAUUUGGAAUGGAGAGAGGAAAGAGAACAUUUUAGCUCUCUUUUUCAGGGAAACACAAAUGUAGCAUAAUGAAUAAGACCUAGGUAACAGAUGCUACAUGUAUGUGUGCAUAUAUUAGCAGACUUUGUCACAAUGUUUAUGUGUCAUACAAAUUACAUGAGUUCUGAUGGUGGUCUGGUGGUAGUGCUUCUCACCAGUGAGAUGACUGUUUGGUGUUCUGGGUUCAGAUCUCAUCUGAAGUACAGUCCUUAUCCACUAAUGGUCAGCUUCUUUGCUUUGAUGUAAUCCAGAAGAGGCUCCUGGUGUCCUAUGAGUGAGAUGAUUGCAUUCUGAACAGGUAUUAAGUCUUAGUUUCAUCAGAAUAAAAACUCAUUACGAUUUCACACAUUGUUACUCAUUUUGGGGGGAUAUCUUCCAUGAAUCAUGUUCUUUUGUAGGUGUGUACGUGUGCAUGCAUGCAAAAAGGGAUGAGGGAUGUUAGAAAUGAUUCCUCAUCAAUUUAUUCCUUGACAUAAAUUUUAAAAACCUUAUUUUUAAGGUCAACAUUUCAUAUGCACAACUUCCUGAAAAACAAAGUUUAUUUCAUGUUAAAAUUGGAAAUCCAUGUUGGCAUAAUUAUUAUUUCAGUUUUGGAAAAUUUAAUGUGUUGUUUGCUAUAUGAUCAAGUGUGAAUUGUGUUCCAGUUCUAGGAAUCUGUGAUUCUGAGUUAAUAAGAGUGAAUUACACAGCUCUUUCAGAUACUUUUAAAAGAGCUUGAUAAAUGGAUGUCAAAGUAACUACAUGGCCACAUUUCUGUUUGCUUUUAAUGUAACUGGUGUCUGCGGUAGAAAGGAAAACUUUUAGAUCCUGCAAACUUAAAACAUUUUGCCUUUUCCUUCAUUCCAAAUUAUUCACUCAAUACCACAAGUACUGUACUUCAUAGAUUUAUUAAACCAGAUGUGGACAGUGCUAAUAAAUUGAAGAAUCUCUUUAAAUGUCCUUUUUUCCCAAGAUUUACUGGUUGGAUAUGAUAACUUGGAUUUCAGUGUGUUCUGUUUGAUGGCUGUGUACUUGCAUUAAAAAAAUGUCAUUUGUAGUUGAGAGAUUUCUUGCGAGGCAUGAGAUUGUUAUCAAGUUAGUAGAUUUGAUAAAGUUCACCAAGUUAGAGAAUUGAACUCAGAGAAUACAGGCAUGAAAUCAUUUCUCAAGUUAGUUUGGAAUAUGGUGCCAAGAGAAACUGCAUUCACUUGUGAAAUUACAGUCAUAGUCACAAACAAUGAAUUUGUUCAACAUUCACCUUUUAAAAUGUGUGAAACUGUGUGUGAAUUUAUAAAAAUCACCGUUUAUGUAAAAAGUUUGUGUGGAUCACUUGUGUCAAGGUAGAUGUGAAAUCAAGAUAUUUUACUUUUGCUCAGGUGGUUUCCAUAAUAUUUUCAUAAAUACUUGAACAGUUAAUGAGGCUAGCUCAAGGUUGAGGUGGCUGAAUCUGUACUUUAGAGUUUUAGAGUUUGUAACAAAAUAUGCUUCGUUAGUCUGAUGUAAGAUUUUGCUACAGGAGCUUUGCACUGUUGUUUUCUGGCGACCUUUUGUAGGGUAUUUGAAGAUGAUUUUGUUCUGUGAGGGCAGUAAAAAUCUGCAAAUUUUGUUACAGUUUACGUGACCAGAUCUUGCAUGCACAUACACACAGAUUGUUUCGAUAGACGGAGCUUUAAUAUAAUAAAAAGUCUUCACUUUUUGCUGAAGACUUAAGAAGAUCUUACUCAUUUGCUGUUGUACAGGAACAGUAUUUUGAUUAUUUUGUGCUGUUUUCCUGUUACUAGUUUGUGAGAUCAAGUGUGUGUUGGUAUUUGUGUGUGUGUGUGCACACAUUGAAAAGUGAAUGUGUCCUUUCAUGGAUGUUUUGCCAUAUUUUAGUAUUUAUGCAUAUUUAGUUUUGGUAUCCAGAAAUAGACUAAGGCAAAUUAAUAACGUUUAGAAUAUGCUGCUGUGCAGAAGUGAUAGUGUAGCAGACACAAGUUGCUUCGUCUUGUAAACAAAUUCCUCAAAAUCUGUCUAGUCAUUUUUUGUCAUAAAUGUUUAAGAAAAAAACCCCUCUGUUAUUAAUUUUUAUUGAACUGAAUGUCCACAUAAUAUAUUACAUGGAUUGGUAGCUUACGGUGUAUAUGGAAUGGAAGUUGUACCAGAGUGAAAUGCAAUGUCAGUGUUUUCAAAAACUGCACCAAGGGACCAUUAGAUUUGUAUUGCAAACCAUAUGAAUGUUGGAACUGUAUGUGCUCCUAAUGUUCUCCGCAUCAGCAUGUCAUAUGGCACAUUUUGUAUGAUAUUAUUGUUUAAUAAUGUUGAAAACUAAAGGUGGUUAAAAAAAAAUAUUUCUUUUUAAUUUUUGGUAUAUUGUAUAUUUGGUAUACUAGAAGUUGGGUUUUAAGUUUCUAAUUUGUCCUUUAAGUUGACUUAAGCAUGAUGAAUUUAGAGUUAUGACAUGCAUGCACAUAAAUCAGAACCACUGAACGUGUUACAGUUAUCAUAUCUGCACCUCAUUCUGUCUGAUACUUUUUAAUAUGUGAUGUAUUAAUACAUAUUCACACUGUUUCCCACUCGCAGUUGGAUAUUUUGUUUUUGCAUGCAGAUAAAUAGUUAGGAGCAUUUUAGGCUUUAAAUGCCUGAGGAUGAGAACAGCACAUUGAAAAGCAUGGUUAAACCUACAACAUGAAAUACAGAAAAGAUUUCUUUGGGUUAUUCUGUCACAUUUUUUUUUAAGGCUUGCUUUCAACGUGAUGUGUCCUUGCAAGCUGUUCACAAAAUGGCAGUUAAAUUUUCAUUGUUGCUCUUGAGUUUUGCAAUUUGAUCAUCUCGAUUGCUUCCUUUCACAUUUGUAUUUUGUUUUGAAUUAAGUCUUUUUUUUGUAGCAAGUUCUUUUUAUUGCUUUUAUUUCCUAUUUUACCUGUUGGUCAAAUGUAUAGUAACUUCUCAUACCUAUUACCUCUGUUCCUUAAUUGUUCAAUGAUUUCCUCACUUACCUUUGACUGGGCAGGUUUUGUAUUGACUGUAAAUCUUGGUUAUUUGUUUCUGACUUACCACUGUAUAUUUUUUAAUAACUUCUUUCCCAGAUUCCUCCAAAAAUGUGUUAUGAUGUGUUCAUACAAGCACAAUACUCUAUGGCUGUAUUUUUAGCUCAUGAGGGAGGGAAGAAGAGGCAGGCAGAAGUGGGUCCAAGGGUAGAGAACUGAGAAAUAUGGCAUAUGUUAGCAGCAAUCCUUUCAGUCACAUAAGAUGAGAUGAUAAAAGACAAUAACCUAGGAACUCUGGAUUUUCUUUCUCAUCAGGGUGAUCUGCCACAAGCUCAUUUUCUUGAGUUUAAAAGUGGUACAUGCUGAAUUGCCAUUAGCAUUUCACUAAUGAAGCAUAGUGCAAGGGUGCGAAAUAUUAAAUACAAUGAAUCAUGGUACAUUCUAACACAGAUGUUCCCAUGUUUUAGGGUUGUUAGGAGGAUCAUCUUUCCUUAUUGACUUUCUCAAAAAGAAUCUGCAUUUCUGUCAAGACCUUUGGUAGGUUUUGCCUUUCCUGCCUCCUGCUCAGCAAACCAUACAGCCAAAUACUCAGUGCAUUCUUGUGAACACUGAACACAGAUGCAUCCAUUUUAUGAGAAAGGCAAACAAUAUUCUUUGUAACUAUUCGUUUCCAGGUGUAUAAAGUUGUUUUGUUGAAGUGCACUAGUAACAAACGGGCGAAGAAUUCUGUUAUAAUCUCAAUCAAUUAUUCUGUGCAUUUUAACCUGUGCAAUAUUGCAAACCUCUUCAGUUGAUUUGUUUUCUUUGGUUCCUUCAAAUGCAAGGUAAAAGCCUGCAGUUUUUAUGUAAAUUUUUCAGUCAGCACAUUGUUUGCUUGGUUUAUAAGCAUGUGGUGUUGAUGUGCCAAUACCAUUGUACUUGUUCAUCACAUUUUCAAAUAAACAUCAACAAUAAAAUU